CAGACCAGAGCAGAAGCUUCCCCGGAGCGGAAGCGAGACGAGCGAACGCCCUGCCGCCGGGGACGACGUCGGAUACUUCGGCCAGCCAACGCGCGCCCCGUCGCCCCGCCGUCGCCUUCGAUCUCCACCGCCCGCCCCUUCUGCAAGGCCUGCGCUCCCUCCCCUGUAACAUCGUAGAUUUUGCGAUCAUGCAAAGCCCUAGCAAACUGUGUGUCGCCUCUGCAUCCGCCCAACCUGUUGAGUCCGGGCUCCAUGGUUGGGCAUACCUCCCGGGUGACCUGCUCGAAUCCAUUAUUGCUCUGUUGGGAUCGUUCUGUGACCUUCUUGCCUUCGCCGCGACCUGCCGCUCUUGGCGUGCUGCAUUCUCCUCAUACCCAUCCAAAUCUUCCUUCUGUGCCAAAUUCCCACCUCUCCUUGUUCAAUUCAAUGUUCCUGUUCAAGGUCCUGAUCUCCCUUCUAACAAUGGUCGUGACGAGCUGCACACAUGUAAGGUCAUCGAUCCGACCAACAAGAACACCGCCCUUCGCUGCCAGAUUCCUCGAGAAGUUUAUCAGGAUACACAUUUCGUUGGAACUUCCUAUGGUCAACUAAUUUGCUAUUGUGUUGGAUAUUGUCUUCUUGUGGAUGUGUUCAACGGUGCUGAGGUUUCAGCUCCACGUCUCCCAUUCAACCACAAUUUCGACGGGCGCUACUUCAGCGGCACUCUUACAGCUCCCCUUGCAUCACCCAACUCACACCUCCUUGUCUGCACCGUAAACUCCCUGUUUGAUUGGUCAGUUGGAAGUAAAUCUUGGUCUAAGCUGCAGCUUCCUUAUGCAUGUAUAAUACAGAUUGUGGAAUUCAAAGGUCAGUUCAUCGCCAUGGAUGAUUGUUGUAACAUCUACACUUUGCAGCUGUCCCCACAGCUUGGUCUGCAGAAGGUAACAACUGAACAGGAUGGGGGCCUGUUCAGAUUGUCGGAAUAUUCACUCGCACAUGUGGAUUCAUGGCUAGUGGUCUGUGGUGACAUGCUUCUCAUGGUCAGGGUGCAUCCAUACUUGUCAGUCGUAAAAUGUAUACCCUACCACCUUGACAUUUCAACCAACCCUGCAAAAUGGGUGGAGGUAAAGCAGCUGGAUGAUUGGGCACUCUUUGUUGGGGGUGAUGUGAGGAGCCAGCCAUUUUCUUGCAUGAGCCCAGAAAGAUGGGGAGGGAGCAGCAAGCGGUUGUACUAUGCAGGCCGCCACUCUUUUGUCUUACAUGGAUUGGGUGACGAGCUAGAUCCAUCUUCCGGUUAUGAGUACAAAAGGAACUCGUUCAGCGAGCUACAGCCCCUCUGGGUGUACCCAAGCAUGUUCUACUCGGACAUCCAGUGAUCAUCUCAUGCCACUGCAGGUUGCUGCUCUACGAGCUCCUGACGAAAAUGUCCCCUCGCAACACAGAGCAGGGAAUUGUGCAACUUGGGUGAUACCAUUGUGGCAUUAAGCACUUUAGAGCUUGGUGGGAAUAGUGCUGAAGCUUUUGCUCCCAGUUUGGUAACCCAGUAUGUAGAACCUGGUAUUAAUGUUCAGAGCUUGUUAGGCCUUGUACAAUGGGAGGUGCUUAGAGAGGUGCUUAAAAAAAUAAACCGAGUUAUUCUAAAGCACCGGUGCCUAUUUCUACAGGAGAGACGCUUAGUUAAGCGUCUACCCUGUACAAAUAAGCACUGGUGCUUAAGGAAAGCCUGGUUUAUUUCUCUAAGCACCUGCCCUAAGCACCUCCCAUUGUACAAGGCCUUAGAAGUUGUCGCGCUUCCAGGUUAUUGUUAAUUGAACCAUGUUGUUUAAUUAUGCACUUUAUGAUGUGUAGUACUUUGAAGUACCUGUUGCUUGUCUUUGCUCAUACGACUGAUAAGUUUGAAGCUUCUAGACUGCAUUUGCUUAAUUUCGCCCUA